GCUCCAAUACUCUGGCCACUGAUGGGAAGAGCCAACUCAUUGGAAAAGACUCUGAUGCUGGGAAAGAUUCAGGGUAGGGAGGAGAAGGGGACAACAGAGAAUGAGGUGGUUGGAUGGCAUCAGCGAUAUGACAUGAACUUUGGAAAACUGGGAGAUGGUGAGGGACAGGGGAGGCCUGGUGUGUUGCAGUCCAUGGGGUCGCAAAAAGUUGGACAUGGCUUGUGACUGAACAACAAUAAAUUAAUAGAUCCACCAGAUGAAAUUGAUGCAUCAUCGUAAAAAAGAAGUUUCAGACAUUGUUAUACUAGCAGUUUAGCAAAUUCACACCCACCUUCCAGUGAGGGCUACUAGAAUGGUCAGUCCAUACAGCACAAGGAACACUCGCCACAAAUAAACAAAGCCUGCAGCAACGAAGACCCAACACAGCCAAAAAUAAAUAAAUAGAUUUUUUUUUUUUUGAAGAAAAAAGGUGAAAGUAUGUCUCCUUGAGAAGGUGAAUUCUGCUCAGUUUUGAAGGAUAUAGAGACCAACACAUCCAGUAGACCUUUGUUGAGUAUUUACAAUGUGUCAGCCAUGAGACCACGUGCUAGUUGGGGAGCCAGAAGAUAAACACACAUAUAAGUAGUCCACCUUCAGGUCUGAUAGUGUAUAACCCAGGCAGAGACGUUCCACAGCCAACAGCUGCAUUUAGUGUUAAGAGGCAGCAGUAGAAAUGUGCUCAAUCAAGUUCUGUGCCAGGUGUGGGAAGCAUGCUUGGAACUAGAGCCCCAGGCCUGCUUCUCUAGCACAUACCGGUGACAUUUUGACCUACAAGUAUCUCCUGCGUUGAUUUCUUUCUGUGUGACGUCAGGUGAAGCACAGGCAGAGAAAAGAGUUGGGAAGUGUGCAGCUCAGUGAACAUCCCUGGGCCCCCAGCAUCCUGCAUCCCUCCUCAGGUGCCACUGGGGUCCCUCUGGCUCCGACAGUUCCCACUGUCUUGAUGAGAACAGCAGAGAUUUGUUUGCCUGUUUCUGAACUUCAUACAGGUGGACAUAUAUACAGCACAUGCUCAGUGCAUACUCUGGUUCUGUUACUCAGUAUCAUGUCUGCAGUCUGUAUUCAGAGAGUGCAGGUUAACUUCGAGGAAUUUAAGGACGGUUUCAUGGCUGUGUUGUCAUCACAGGCUGGUCUUGCCUCCUCAGAUGAAGACAGUGGGCCUUUGGAGUCAGUUGCCUCCCAGGCUGUGCCCUCAAAGGCCAUGAGCAGCUCUAAGUGGUCCGGCUGUCGGAGCCAGCCCGAGCCCUGUGGCGCUGCAGGUGGAGCCCCAGGUUUACCGGAGCAGCCGGUCACACCCAGUGUGAGAAGCCAGCUCUGCUGCUCCGCGUCCCUGGAAAGCGUCGAGAGUCUCAAGUCUGAUGAAGAAGCCGACAGUGCGAAGGAGCCUCAGAAUGAAUUGUUUGAAGCCCAAGGAAGCAGGUGGAGCAGAUGGCCAGGGAGCGAGAUAAGGUGAGACAAGACCUGGAGAAAGCUGAGCAGAGGAACCUGGAGUUUGUGAACGAGUCCGACGACCUCCAUUCCGCCCUGGAGCAUCUCGCGGAGGAGAAGGUCAGGUAGGUCUUGCCGCGAUCCUGGCCCAGGGCGGAUGGUGGACACAGGCUGCUGCCAGCUGAGGCCCUGCGGUCUCACCUGAGCCCACAGCAGGAAGCCCGCAGACCAGGCAUCACCCAUGCAGUGGGCUGAGUGGACUCCCGCAGAGUCAGCCCGGCUGGUGGCGGGCAGCCUGAUUGCACACGCCC